CGACCUUCUAAAUUGCAUGAAUGUUGUAUAUGCAACAUAUUCAAAUCGCCCUGAGGAUAAUUAGCGACAAACGAAUCAAGUUGAAUAAUGAAUCAAGACACUGUAUGUAAAAAUCGCAAGUAUAAUUUAUUUUUCUAUGAAGUAUUGAAAAAAUGCAUGGCAUUAAAAGAAUAGUCAUUUUUUGCACACUGAUUACAGUGCUUCCGACUAUGUUAUUAAUAGUUCCUUUAUACUUAAGACACAGUAUUUAUGCAGAUGUACAAUUUGCAGUGACAGAAUCUGAUAUUGUAGAGAUUACAGAUGGCAUUUCACCAAUAUUUUGUUCAGCACAUACAUUAAAAAUGAAUGAGACUUUUCAUGCAUUUCAAGUUUCUCGAAGACCUGAAAAAGCUGCGUAUCGAAAACACAUAAGACUGAAAAAAAGUAUGACAUUGCCAGAUGAUACUUUGGAAUAUUGGGGAUUUUACUUAUUAAAAGGAGCAACUGUUGCUUUAUCUGUUUGUUCAAGAUUCAAGGGAUCAUCUAUUCUUGUUGUGAAAGGUGAAAGAAAUCUAAGAACUUGCGGUAUGUUAGAUCAUAAUAAAAAUAAAGCUAAGGCUACAGGAAUCUUUUUACCAGAAGCUGAUCAGCAGGUUAAAAUAACUUUUGAAUCGAAUGCUCAAGAAGUUAAUUCUAAAGAGUUUAUUUCAAUGACAAAAGCAGAAGCUACAGAAAACAACUGCUUAAAUUGUACUAAUAAGGAAUCUAAUGUACAAGAAAGAAAUCUUACUAAUGUAAUUGAACCUUUUAAUGGAAAGUUGACUAACCAUCUAAACAUACAGGAAUUACACAAUAUAUUAAAUAAUGAAAGAAAAUUAGAGUUUCUUUCUAGUCCAGCAUACAAAGAUUUAAAUAGAGAUAUAAAUUCUAAUUUAGACAAGACAAAUUUUAAUAAAUCAAGGCAUUUGAAAGAAAGAAUAAGAAAAUUACACUCAUUAAAUGAUGAAUAUAUUAAGAAGAAUGAUGACGAAAAUGAUGAUGUUCGAAGUUAUAUAAUAUUAGAAACAUAUAGAGAAAAAAAUAGAAAAGAUAUAAAAGGUAAAGAACUUAAUAAAAGGUAUGAAAGACGUGUAAGAUUAUUAGAAGAAGAAUUAGGUUUGGAUCAUGAAAAUGGUGAAAUAGAAGAGAAUAAUUAUGGAGAAGAGCAAGAUAUAGAUAGUUUCAAAAUUAGACAGAAACGAAGUCAACAACCUAUAAAGCCAGAAAUAUUGGAUCGAGGUAUUAAACAUGGUGGGAAUGCUGUAAAAAAUUUGCUAGAUGGUGAUUCGUCAGCUUCAAGUUUUGAAAAUGGUUUGCUACAUUGUUAUGGAGGAAAUGUUUUAUUGACACAUGAAUUUGAUCCAUCAAGUGAAUGUGUUAACGUAACUUACUUAUUAAACGGGAAUAAACAUAUGCAAACUAUUCAUGAAGUGGCAGAAGAUGGAUAUUAUUACUAUAUAUUCUAUAGUGAUAAUGAUAUUGUUUCAAAUGAUAUUCAUGCUGUUUUUGAAAUUUAUAAGCCAACUUUGCAAUAUGAAAAUGUAACAAAUGCUUGUUUAAAUCAAACAGAAUGUAACUUUCCCUUAUCCAUAACUUCUGUUGAUAGAGUUAUUGUUGAAGUACCUACCAAAGACGGAAUUGAUCAUGAAAUAGAUGAUAUUUCAGUUCUUGUAUCAACCUGUGUUCCCCGAAUGGGCAUUUAUGCUAUUUUUCCAAUUGCAGUAUUGUUUUUUAUACUUGGUUGUGCUUUUAUGUAAAUAGUCAGUAUCAUUAUUGAAAUUUCAUCUAAGAAACAACAUUUGCUUUAUAAGCAAAAUUUUCAUUGUA